UCUCCCCGCCUCGUCCGCCUCCAGUCCCGGCUGUAGCUCCGACUGUCUGCACGGCGUGUGGAGGAGGCGCGGAGGGAACGAACAGGAGCGCAGCGCGGAGAAAGGGCCGACUAAACAAGUCCUAUCACCCCUCAGUGUGAGCCAGGCCGCCGGAGACUCAGACAGACUUGACAGUGUGUGUGUGUGUGUGUGUUUAGGAGACGUGCUCGGAGUUCGGUCCUUUUUUUUUUUUCGCAGGGGCGCAUCUCGUCUCCUUGAAGUGAUCCUGUGUUUUUAUGCAGUCUGCGCGUAUCGCUCCCGUCGGAAGGAGCACGCACACACAGCCGAGAGGAGGAGGAGGCGGAGGAGGAGGAGGAGGAGGAGGCACCGAUCGUUACUUUUGAACAGAUCCACCUCGACAUGGAGCUAUCGGCCCGGUGUCGGACGUGCCGGCUGGAAGAAGCACAGAUACCUGCCACGGGAAACCCCGCCAUCCGUGCGCAGUGAGGAAAGUGGAGCAUGCAGCCGAGCCCCAGCCGUCUUUGUGCGACCCGCCGCUUAGUUUCUGGGGGCCUCUUGUGAAGGAGGAGAGGAGAACCAGAGGAGGGGGGCUCCUGGUGUUGAUCUAAAAUUCACACUACGAGCCGGCAUCCAUAUUUUUGGCACGGCGCAGCGCGAUGAGAUGAUGACUGGUGAUGCUUCUCCAACAACUACUGAUCGUUGACACCGCUCCAGCGUUCUUCUCGCCCUCCGCAACACACUGAACGACUAUUAUUAGCCAACAGGCUCCAGGACUGUUUGCACGCAGCACACAAUGGCCUCCGCACUGUGGAGGUGUCCAGUGUUCCACUGCCUCCUGCUCCUUCUCGUUUGCGUUCACUCUUCACAAGGGUUCAGCCGUGCAGCCUUGCCGUUCGGGCUGGUCAGGAGAGAGCUCUCGUGUGAAGGAUACGCAAUUGAUCUCCGCUGCCCGGGGAGUGAUGUCAUCAUGAUCGAGACGGCCAACUACGGCCGCACCGACGACAAGAUCUGUGACGCGGACCCAUUUCAGAUGGAGAACGUCAACUGCUACCUCCCCGACGCCUACAAGAUUAUAUCACAAAGGUGCAACAACCGUACGCAGUGUGUGGUUGUCACUGGCUCUGAUGUCUUUCCUGAUCCAUGCCCUGGCACCUACAAGUACUUAGAGGUCCAGUAUGAGUGUGUUCCCUAUAAAGUGGAGCAAAAAGUUUUCAUUUGUCCUGGGACUCUGAAGGGUGUGGGCGACACCACCUUCUUGUUCGAGGCAGAGCAGCAGGCGGGGUCGUGGUGCAAAGACCCGCUGCAGGCUGGAGACAAAGUCUUCUUCAUGCCCUGGACGCCGUACCGCACUGACACCCUCAUCGAGUACGCCUCUUUGGAGGACUUCAAAAAUGGUCGCCAGACGACCACGUAUAAACUGCCGCACCGUGUGGACGGGACAGGCUUCGUAGCUUACGACGGCGCCAUUUUCUUCAAUAAGGAGCGCACCCGCAACAUCGUCAAGUUCGACCUGCGCACACGCAUCAAAAGUGGCGAGGCAAUUGUGAACAACGCCAACUAUCACGACACCUCACCCUACCGCUGGGGUGGCAAGACAGACAUUGACCUGGCAGUAGAUGAGAGGGGCUUAUGGGUAAUCUAUGCCACCGAACAGAACAAUGGGCGCAUUGUGGUGAGCCAGCUCAACCCGUACACGCUUCGCUUUGAGGCCACGUGGGAUACGGCAUACGACAAGCGCUCUGCCUCGAACGCCUUCAUGGUGUGCGGCGUGCUGCACGUGGUGCGCUCGACCUACGAAGAGAACGAGAGCGAGGCGAGCAGGAGCCAAAUCGAUUACACAUACAACACCAAGCUGAGCCACGGCGAAUACACCGACAUCCUCUUCCCCAACCAGUACCAGUACAUCACCGCUGUGGAUUACAACCCCAGGGACAACCAGCUGUACGUGUGGAAUAACUUUUACACCCUGCGCUACGACCUGGACUUCAGGCUGCCGGAUCCCGCCGAAGGGCCAACCAUUGAAGAUUUCUCCCUCGCAUCGUCCAUGCCAAAGACCACCUCAGUUUUCACCACCACCGCUGCGUCCACCGCUAAGGGCCAUGGUGACACUACGGUGGCAGGGGCAGAUCCAAGAGAUGGGAGAGAUCCGUUUGAGGACGGCCAUGGCUCGAGUACAGCUGAACCAACUGUUCCAGAGCUGCCGCCAACACCCAGGCGCUCCUGCGAGGAGACCAGGAGGAGAGCCAUCGACUGGCCCCAGACCCACACUGGGACCACUGUGGAGAGGCCCUGCCCCAAAGGGACCAGAGGCAUCGCCUCCUUCCUCUGCACUGUGGCCGGGACCUGGUGCUCCAAAGGGCCGGACCUCAGCAACUGCACUUCCCACUGGGUAACUCAAGUGGCACAAAAGAUUCGAAGUGGCGAAAACGCUGCUAAUUUGGCCAAUGAGCUGGCACGCCACACACAGGGCCCAGUGUUUGCCGGAGAUGUCAGCUCCUCGGUGCGCCUGAUGGAGCAGCUCGUGGACAUCCUGGACGCUCAGCUGCAGGAGCUCAGGCCCAGUGAGAAGGACUCAGCUGGACGCAGCUUCAACAAGCUUCAAAAACGAGAGAAGACGUGCAGGGCGUACAUGAAGGCCAUUGUGGACACCGUGGACAACCUCCUGAGGCCGGAAGCCCUGAAAUCCUGGAAAGACAUGAACUCGACGGAACAGACGCACGCCGCCACAAUGCUACUGGAUACCCUGGAGGAAGGGGCGUUCGUCCUGGCGGAAAACCUGAUCGAGCCAGCGAUCGUAAAAGUACCUGCAGAGAAUAUCAUGUUGGAAGUGUACGUGUUAAGUACCGACGGUCAGGUGCAAGAUUUCAGGUUUCCACAGACGAGCAAAGGUGGAGCGUCCCUUCAGAUUUCCUCCAACACGGUCAAAGUCAACAGCAAAAAUGGUGUGGCCAAGCUGGUAUUUGUGCUGUACAAGCAUCUGGGUCAAUUCCUCAGCACGGAGAACGCCACGCUGAGGGGAAUGGGGGACCUGAGCAAACGCAACCUUUCCCUCACCGUCAACUCCCACAUCCUUUCAGCCUCCAUCACCAAGGAGUCCAGCCGUGUGUUCGUGGCCGACCCCGUGAUCUUCACGCUGGAGCACCUGGAUAAGGAGCACUACUACAAUCCCAACUGUUCCUUCUGGAAUUACUCAGAGCGGAGCAUGAUGGGAUACUGGUCCACGCAAGGCUGUAAGCUGCUGGAAACCAACAAGAGCCACACCACUUGCUCCUGCAGUCACUUGACCAACUUCGCCAUCCUCAUGGCCCAUCGAGGGAACGUGGGGGAGGGGAGCGUCCACGAGCUGCUUCUCACCGUCAUCACGCGGAUGGGCAUCGCCGUGUCCCUCGUCUGCCUCGCCAUCAGCCUCUUCACCUUCUGCUUCUUCCGCGGCCUUCAAAGUGACCGCAACACCAUCCACAAAAACCUCUGCCUGAACCUCUUCAUCGGCGAGCUUAUCUUCCUCGUGGGCAUCAACAUGACGGAACCAAAGCUGGUUUGCUCCAUCAUCGCUGGCGUCCUCCACUUCUGCUUCCUGGCUGCGUUCGCCUGGAUGUGUCUGGAGGGCGUGCAGCUGUACCUCAUGCUGGUCGAGGUGUUCGAGAGCGAGUUCUCCCGCAGGAAGUACUACUACGUCUCCGGGUACCUCAUCCCGGCUGUGGUGGUGGGCAUCUCAGCAGCCAUCGACUACAGAAGCUACGGCACGCAGCGGGCAUGCUGGCUGAGGGUUGAUAACCAUUUCAUCUGGAGCUUCAUUGGGCCCGUAACCUUCAUAAUUGUGGUCAAUGUCAUCUUCCUGGUGGUGACCAUGUACAAGAUGGUGAAGCACUCCACCUCCAUGAAACCCGACUCGUCCAGGCUGGGGGGUAUCAGGUCGUGGGUGUUGGGAGCCUUCGCCCUACUUUGUCUGCUGGGACUCACUUGGUCCUUCGGCUUGUUCUUCCUCAACGAAUCCUCCAUCGUGAUGGCGUACCUCUUCACCAUCUUCAACACUCUGCAAGGGAUGUUCAUCUUCAUCUUCCACUGCCUGCUCCAGAAAAAGGUCCGCAAAGAGUACAGCAAAUGUUUCCGUCAGUCCCAGUGCUGCGGCGCGCUGCCGGUCGAGGGCUCCCACAGUUCAGCCAAGGUGGCCACGUCUCGAUCCACGGCCCGCUACUCCUCCGCCACACAGAGCCGCAUCAGGCGGAUGUGGAACGACACUGUGAGGAAGCAGUCGGAGUCCUCCUUCAUCUCAGGAGACAUAAACAGCACCUCCACACUCAACCAGGGGAUGACUGGCAACUACCUCCUAACUAACCCUCUCCUCCGAACCCACGACACUAACCCUUAUAACAACCUGCUGGCAGAAACGGUCGUGUGCAACACCCCCUCUCCACCGGCCUUUCACUCCCCAGGACAGCACUCUCUGAGCAACAGCAGGGACAUCAGUGCCAUGGACACCCUCCCCCUCAAUGGCAAUUUCAACAACAGCUACUCCCUGCGAGAAGACGACUAUGAGGCUGUGGCUGUUCGGGCCGCAGGUGACCUGGGGGGCCUCAACCUGGACGAUGUCGCCUUUGAAAAGAUGAUCAUUUCUGAGAUUGUCCAUAACAACCUCAGGCCCCGCGGGGCCCCCAAAGGUCGCGACGCCCCGAGGGACAGAGCCUUGCCUCCCCAGACCAGAGUGACAGUGGACCGAGGCGGGGGUGGGAGCGGCAGCGAGGAUGACGCCAUCGUGGCCGACCACGCCGAGGCCUCAUCCCCGCAGAGAGGAAGUGGAAGAGGAGGCCACCCCACCCUGGAGCUGCUCCUGCACCCCCACCAUAAGGAGGCGCUGGAGGCGCCCCUCCUGCCUCAGAGGACUCACUCCCUGCUCUACAGCAAUCAGAAGGCCCCCAGGCGCCUGGAGGGGCAAGGCGACCAUGGCUCCGAGACUGUUACCGCAGUGGAGGACACGGGCUCCCAUUCACCCAACAAUAAUAGAGACUCGCUUUACACCAGCAUGCCAAACUUGAGAGACUCACCCUCGCCCUCUGCUUCGCCAUACCCCCCAGAGGAAGAGGAGGAGGACGAUGAGCUCUCCCCCUCUCCUCGAAGCGAGAGCGAGGACGCGUAUCAUAAAAGCAUGCCCGAGCUCGGCGACGCACCGCAGCCCCUGUCCUACUACCACAUAAACAGAGGCAUCAGCGACGGGUGCAUCAUCUCGCCCAACAACGAAGAAUGCGCGCCGGAAGGAGAGGCGCCCACCGACGGACAAAUGCAGCUCAUUACCAGCCUCUGAGCGGCCGUCUUUGUUUGCACAGGUUUCAACAGAUGGGUACUUUUCGUCGAUGUCAAGAGAGCCGGCGAGUCUGGCUCCGCACUCCGCACGCUCUUCCUGUUAGAACAGGAAGUGAAAUGUUGUUGGGUGGGAAGAGGAAUGAAUAAAUGACUUUUGCACACAGAUCUCAUUAACACACGAAACACGUCCAUGCGAUGCCAGACAAAUGUGGUCUGUGAAAACUCUGCUGUUGGACUAAAGAGGUGCAGAGAAUAACACACAGGCCGCUGUUUCACAGAUAAGUCUGACUCAUUUCUGUUGUACUGAAAGAAGAGUCGAACAACAAGGGAUAAAAAAAAAAACAUACUCCGAGCAAAGAACUAUGAAACUCCUGACAUAUUCCUGGGGGACUUUGCUGAACCAGGGUCUUUUUAGUCAUAAAAUACAGAACUAGAACUAGUGUGGCUCCAAUACACAGUCAGGACUGUAAAGUCAAGAAACCACUAAUUCAGACUCAGGCCUUAUAUUUUCUCUAUUGCACAUUUAACUGUUGUCAAAGUAACAGCUAAAGAAAAUAUAUUUUGCUGUACCACUAGUGUAAAAAUGUUAAAAGAAAAAAAAUGACAAAAAAAAAGAAAUGGCAACCAUUCAGUAGUUAUACCCUUUCAAUGUUAAUACGAUUCUUCAGACAAGGUUAAUCAAAAUGGUGGAAAUGUGCUUUUUCCUCUCACACUUGACUCGUUGUAUGUUUGCAUUUAAAACAAAAAAAAAAAAGUUUUGAGAGAUAUCAGUCCAUAUGAUCUCAUGCUCACGUCUCUGCUUGUGAAGUGCUUUUUGCUUUCAUGAAUGAUGAGUUUUUUGCCAGUAGUAUAUUUGUUAACACCGGGCCAUGCACAGAUUUGGAGUGAAUUGGAUUCUUGUGUAAUUUAUUUUACUUGAAAGAAAUUGUCAGGUUUUAAGGACUUAUGUUCGUGUCCAUGCGAUAUUUCAGUGUUUGCAGACAUGUUUCAUCCCUUGACACUAAUUAAUUUAUUAACUGAAGUAUUCAGAGGAAAAAAAAUGGGGUGGGGCGGGGGGGGGAGACUGUGUUAGGAAAGUGUGAAAAGUUGUUGCAGCACUGAUUAGGUUCAUUUUAUUUCUUUUGUAAGAGCCCAUCAUCAGCUGAUAUUUAAAUCAACUCCUGUUUGAUAUCAAAUAAAUGUGAAAUUUUUUCUUGUU